AUGCUCAGCCGCACUGAGGUGAGCUCGCCACCUACUUUAGGCGCCAGAUCCGCCAUUACGCAGGCACCUUGCCGCCCUUCGCCAUUGCCAGCGCCGCCGUUCUUUCAGAUCCAACACCAGCGACUCCAGAUCCGGCACCAGCAACUUGAGAUCGGCCAUCGCUACCCAGAUCCGUCGUCACCAAGCGCCUCACCACCCUUCACCGUCGCCGGCCAUCACCGUUCCUUCCUUCAUCGUUGCCGUCAACCACACCGACCACUGUCGCAGCCCGCAUCUUUGCCUGCUGACAUAGUUGCCACCCAGACCCACCGCUCAGAUCCGUCGUCGCCAAAGCCGCCGACGCCAUCACCACUUUUAGAUCUGCCAUUGCCAUAUCUGCGGCCACCGUGUCGUGCCACGCCUCGCCCUCGCUGGCCGUCGGCUCUGCCCUCGGUCUAUCCCUUGCUGCCUUUCUAA